AGGAAGCCUAAACUGAUGCUUCUUUCACUUUGCAGAGCAACUAGCAAGGGGAAAGUACUAAGCAGAGUUUCACCAUGGAACACGCUUGUGGUCUUCUCACCCGCUGCAAGCAGCCAGUGCCUCUUAAGAGCAUCUCGGUGGCUGUGUCUAUCCGUGAGUUUGUGGCAGAUGUGUCUGCAAGCCUGGACUACAAGAAUGAGGAAGCAGCUCCUGUGGAAGCAUUCUUUGUGUUCCCCAUGGAUGAAGACUCUGCUGUUUAUAGCUUCCAGGCUGUGGUGGAUGGGAAGAGUAUAGUGGCAGAAAUACAAGAGAAGCAGCAGGCCCAGGAGAAUUAUGAGGAUGCUAUCUCCCAAGGCCAGCAAGCCUUCCUUCUGGAGCAGGAUAGCAGCUCUGGUGACAUCUUCAGCUGCAGUAUAGGAAAUUUGCCCCCUGGCCAGAAGGCUGCUGUCACUCUGAGCUAUGUUCAGGAGCUAUCCCUGGAGGCAGAUGGGGCUGUUCGCUUUGUCCUGCCAGCCAUUUUGAAUCCACGCUAUCUCCUGCAAGAGUCAGCUGAGGCAGACAACAUCACCUCUGAAGUCCCUCGGGUUCCUGGCAAGGAGCCCUACACGUUUAGUGUCAGUGCCAUGUCUGCUCUCCAUGGCAUUGAGAAGGUCCCCAACUGUCCUCUGAGUCCCCUGCAGUACUGAGAUGACAAGAAGGUUGCCCAGGUUUCCUUGGCUGAAGGGCCAUUUGAUCGGGAUGUUGAGAUUCUGGUUUACUACAGGGAGGUGAACACACCCAGUGUCUCUGUGGAGCUGGCCCAGGCUGAUGCCAAACCAGGUUCUCUGAUGGGAGAUCCAGCUGUGAUGGUGAGUUUCUACCCUAGUAUCCCUGAGUGUCAGGGAGAGAACACUGGUGAAUUUAUCUUCCUCCUGGACCGCUCAGGGAGCAUGUCCUUCCAAAUGAAUAACAAAGCCCAGAAGCGCAUAGAUACUGCCAAGGAAACUCUGGUCCUGCUGCUGAAGAGUUUGCCCCUUGGCUGUUUUUUCAAUAUCUGGUUUGGAUCCUCCUUUGAAUCCUUCUUCCCAGAAAGUGUGGAGUACACACAGCAGUCCAUGGAGUUGGCUGUGCAGAGAGUAAAGGCUCUAGAAGCUAACCUUGGAGGGACUGAAAUCUUAGAGCCACUGAAGGACAUUUAUAGCAAAUCCUGCAGGCCAGACCACCCUCGGCAGCUCUUUGUCUUCACAGAUGGAAAAGUUGGUGAUACAUGGAGGGUCAUUGCUGAAGUUCAGCGCCAUAACCAGAAUUAUAGGUGUUUCUCUUUUGGAAUUGGAGAAGGGGCUUCCACCAGCCUUGUUAAAGGCAUUGCUCGGGCAGCUGGGGGCACUGCAGAAUUCAUCACGGGCAGGGACAGAAUGCAGCCCAAGGUGGCAUGGUUUUCUUUUUCUCAAAAGCAUCUCUUCCAGACUGAGGCACCACAACAGAGUCUGAAGGGACACGAACAUGAAGGGGAUGAAAGGUACAAAGACUGGAGCUGGCCUCAGAGACCAGGACCUUUCCUUGCUUCCCUGGAGGUUCUGGCUCUACAACUUGAACUUACCUUCAUGGUUGACUGCCUCCGGUCCCUCAAGCGGGCCCUGCAGCCAGUGGUACAGGAUGUCUCCCUGACCUGGACUCUGCCCCCUGGGCUGGAGACUACCUUGCUCUCUCCUCCUCCUACUGUCAUCUUCAGGGGUCAGAGGUUAAUCGUCUAUGCCCAGUUGAAAGGGACAAAUGCAUCAAAAGAGGCAGCAGGUGAGGUAUGUCUUCAAUACGAACUCCAAGGUGAAGGCUUCAGGAACACAGUACCAUUCUCCGUCAAUGCCAAAGGAGAUGACAAACUUACCAUUCACCGCCUGGCUGCCAAGUCCUUGAUCCAGACCCUUGAUGGGAACUUACGGGAUGCUGCAGAAGUGAAGAACAAAGUGGUGGAUGUUAGCCUUCAGUCCGGAGUUGUCUCCUCUCAUACUGCCUACAUUGCUAUCAACAAGGAGCUCAAUCAGCCCAUUCAGGGGCCCCUAACUCGGAGGGAUAUUCCAUUGGCUGCUACCUACCUCAGUGCCUCAUGGUUGCAACCCUAUUUAAGAAGUGCACGUAGUUUGGGACCUCGUCGUCACUUUCUAUGUUCAUAUGAUGCAUCUUCAGCAUACAACAGCUUAGGAGAAUGUAAUGAUUCAGGAUUUCACGGAAGUGCCAACCCCCUCUUCAAAAAACAGAAGACUGCCAUGUUUCCAAAUUUAGAAAAGCUGUCUUUUAAAAUGGCAUUACCCCCACGUAGCUCAAGUAUCAAGUUUGCUGAGGAUUCCAUGGCUAGAGACACAUCCCCAUCAGAGUCUCCACUUAUGCAGCUGAUUUCCCUCCAGAAGGCAGAUGGGUCCUGGGAACUGGAUGAAGCUCUGGCCUCAGUCCUGGGAAUGAGCAUUCAGAGUGCAUUGGCUGCAUUGCCUGAUCAGAGUAAAGAUGUCCCAAGGUGGGCCACUAUCUUGGCUGUGCUGUGGAUGCACAGCUCCAGUUGGGACGAGAGAGAAGAAUGGGAACUCCUGGAAAGGAAGGCUGUGGCAUGGAUCCAGGCUCGAUCUGAUGCCUCCCUGGUUGAAUGCAUCAAAGCUGCCAAUGCUCUCCUGAAAUCAUCUGUGGAUCCUGCUGUCUUUGGCCUAUGAGAGUAGAAAUGGAAGUGUUUAUUUCUGGUUGCCACUCCUUACCCUCUGUGCUGCUAAAACCUGUUGCUGUGCCUUCCUUCCUGGUUAUGCUCAUUUCUGUAGGGACUGGUCAAUCAGAUUCCAUUUGGUUCAAUUCAAGUAAUUUUUAAGGGCUCUACUGUGUGGGCAUGUGCUAGGAGCUAAUGCAAUGAAGACAAAAGUGGUAAUCUGGGGAAAGCAGCAAGUACACAAAUUAGUAAAUUCUAAAAUAUGUACAAAAUAAAUAAUAAUUUUGGGGGGGAGAGGAGAAAGAAGGAAAAAUCAAGAAAGAACUCUUCCUUUCAGUUUCACAAACACUUCUAUAGUAGACCAUUCUUUGUGGUUACCAGAACCUCUGUCACUGCAUAAAAUCCAUGAAGUGCAGGUCUGGGGAAGGCAGAUCACUAUAGCUUUUCCCCUUUCCCCUUUACACUAUCUCAAGGCAUAUUAAAGAAAGAAUAGUUCCCCCUGUUUUAUUAAUGAGUAAACAGAGAGAAGGAGGUGCCUAGUUUGAAGUGUCUUUUUGUCUAUGUGCAGGUAGGGAUUUCACUUUUGAGGAGAGUUAAAAUUCAGAUAAUGGUAGGACAUGCAUCUACCAUGACAUGUAUUAUUGUAUAACAGGACUAGAAUUAUUUUUAUUAGGUAACUUGAAAAAUUUCUUGUAUCACAUUAUCUUGCACACUACCUGGACAAAGCUGGUGAGCAGGUAAUGACCCCAACAAAGAAAGGGAUUCCCACUAGAGGUGGAAGGCAAGCAUGAGGUUUAACCUAACUCUGUGCCUGGGGAAUGGGCUUGGGAAAAAAUACCUAACCUGCAAUGGACCAUUUUGAUUCUGUCUGUGUGGCCUUUGUAUCCUUCAGUCCUACAUGCGUGAUGAGCUCCCAAUACUACCUAUGGCAGCUGUUGGAGACAUAGAGACUAAUCUGUGGUCAUGGAGGUGGAAUUCUAUGACCAUGGGCUGUGAUCCCUUGGCUUUUAGGCACUGUUCUCUGCUCAACUAACAACAGUGGUAGAGAGAUGUGGGUUAGAAAUCAACAUCUCCCUGUCUCUGAGAUGAAGGAAAGGCUUUCUCUGCAUGUUACAAUCUUAUAUCCUCACUUGCUGUAUCAUGGAUGCUUAAGCUUUUCAGAAACCUGUUAUUUCCUGCCAGUAUUCAACUACCAAAAAUAAAAGGACUUGCCUUUUAGUUA